AACAUCCAUGGCAACUGCGUGCUCUUACUGUCUAUUGUCGGCUUUAUUGUCAUUCAGUCUAGUCUUCAUCACCAUAAAGGAUUUUGGGUUUGAGGAGAUACAAAAGACGAUGGUACUACAGCUGUGCAUGGUGAGCUUGGUGGUAAUUACGCUGAGCACUGCAUAUAGCACUUCUCAAUCAAUCCCUUCAAGCCUUGCGGGAACGGAAAUACCAUUUUUCGCAACUGAGAUUACAACACCAUCGAGCACUUUUGCUGUUUCUCUUGCAAGGCAUUUGCACUCUAUAGGUGCAAAAAUGUACGGUGCCUUUUGGUGCUCUCACUGUUUGGAACAAAAGCAGAUGUUUGGACAUGAGGCAGCAAAGAUAUUGGACUAUGUGGAAUGCUUUCCUGAUGAAUACAAGAAAGGAACUAAAAUAGCCAAGCAAUGUGCUGAUGUUGGAAUAGAAGGCUUCCCUACAUGGCUGAUAAAUGGCGAGGUUUUGAGUGGAGAGCAAGAAUUGUCAGAGCUUGCCCGGGCGUCUGGAUUUGAAUCUAACGAGCUUAGUGGACUUAGUUAGAUGCUCUUCAUUGCUGUGAUCUGCAUGACUUCUAUUUUCCAAGCCGUUCAAGUAUUACACGGGCACACAUUACACAGUCUGAAAUGGGACUUACUCUUUUACUCGUUGCUUUACAAAUCAUUGGGCACCAGAAAAGCCCUUUUCUUUUUUCUUUUUCGGAUUGGGGAUAGGGUUAUGGAGAAAUUGUAACGAUUAUCUCGAAAUAUCUGUUGUCACUUUAGAUUACUAAUGUAUCUAUCUUUUUCUGUACAUAUUGGUGCGAUGUCUCAUGAGAGAA